AUGUCCACAAUAAUUAGCAAGCGCAAGCGUGCAAGGAAGGCAUGCAUACCUUGCCACAAGCGCAAGCGAAAAUGCAAUGGGGAGUACCCUUGCGGCACGUGCACCACCUACGAAUAUAACUGCAGGUACGCCGACGACGACACCACCAGCAGCAGCACUGCGGGUGAAAGCACGCUCCACUCCUGGCCAAGCGCAUCAUUCAUGACGGCGGGAGUACUAAUGCGAUCGAGUCCUGCCGUCGCGGCCGGCAUCUUCGACGAGCAGAAGUCCAGAUACACUGGAGAAUCGGCAGCCAUGGCCUUCCCGCACAUCCUGGGUAUGGCUCUUGGCUCCGACAGCCCUCCCAAGAUCAACUCAUUCGCGUACAACUUUGGGAUCCGCCCUGAAGAGGCUUCCAACGCGUAUGGCUUCCUAGGGAAACUAAUUUCGGAGGACGACCUCGCCUUCUACUCAAAUGUGUACUUCUCUGCAAUGGGCCCUAUUGGCGACUACAUGGACCCAAGAAUUUACGCCCAGCGAUGUCGCGAUUAUUACCAUGGCUCCGGCAGCAACGCGGUCGCCUUUAGCGCCGUAGCCGCUGGCGUCGCUGCUUUCGGGUCGUUCCUCUCCACAACCAGAUACCCGCGGGAGUCUGAUCUGCUGCAGUACGCUAAAGCUAUUCUCGAUGAUCCUGGAUCUAUACGCAUGCUAAGCAUCGACCAUAUCGUCGCGUGGAGCAUGCGGUUAUUUUAUCUACGGGCCACAACCCGCCCUAGUAAUGCUUGGGUCGCGUCGUGCACUCUUAUGCACCUUUGCGAAGUGGUCGGGUUACACAAAGAAGAGAAUAUUAAAAAGAUGGCGUCUAUCGCCGGCGCUGCUGUUGUUGGACAUGAUGCGGACCGGCUAAGGCGAAUUUUCUGGAUCUCGUGGGCCGGGCAUCAUAUGCUGUCGUAUGAGUGCGAUCGUUCGGCAGUGACAUUUAGGGCCGUGACUUGUCAGGCCAUCAUUCCGAUACUAGGGUCCGUUGCCGACCAGUUCGUGCAAAUAGUCCAGAUCAUCCCGUCGCCUAACUCGCCGUUCCAGCUCGAAUGUCCGCCUCCAACUCCGAGGGAGGAGCUGUUUCAGCGUCUCACGACAUUGAGUAAACUCCGUUUCACCCAUCCGUUCCUAGUGGUGACGAAGGCGGACAUUGCAUUUUGUUUCUAUCGACGCAUUUAUCAGCUUAAGACAGGCAUAACGGACGAGAUAAUUCAACUCGUCAUUAAUAGCGGGAACGACGCAGUGAGAGCGGCUGAGCAGCUAGCCAACCAGGGCCAUCUAUUGUGGAACGUUAUAGGCAGCGUCUUCCGUAUAUCUGUGUCUUGUUGGCCAUCGACACGCUGGCCUCCUCCGCUCACAUCCCUACUGCCUUUAAGGGGUUGGAAAAUCUUGUUAGGGCAACGGACACAGGAUUGA